AUGCGGAUUUCGAUCACGCAGUUCAUGCGAUGGACAAAUCCAGUGAGAAAUGUGGUGAACGGCAAGUGGACGACAACGCAUUACACAGUCAAGGAUCGUUCGAGUGAUCCUCGUUGGAGGGAUAUAGACAUGUCAAGAGAGAGUGAUCAGUACGAUGUAGUGAUAGUUGGUGCAGGACCGAGUGGGCUUGCAGCAGCAAUAAGGCUGAAGCAAAAUGCGGAAAAGGACGGUAAAGAAGUUCGUGUUUGUGUUGUGGAAAAGGCUCCUGAAGUUGGUGCUCAUAUAUUGUCCGGAGCUGUGAUCGAAACCUGGGCGCUGGACGAGUUGUUUCCAAAUUGGAAAGAAAUGGGUGCACCGGUUCACCAAAAAGUUACAUCGGAAUCGGUUAGUCUUUUAACAAAGAACUCGCGCAUUCCCAUCCCUGUGUUUCCCGGAAUGCCACUCUACAAUGUCGGCAAUUAUAUUGUUCGGCUUGGUCAUGUCAUACGAUGGCUUGGAGAGCAGGCUGAAGCAGUAGGUGUCGAGAUUUGGCCCGGAGUAGCUGCUUCUGAGAUAUUGUACAGUGAAGAUGGAAGCGUGAAAGGCGUUGCAACGAACGAUGUUGGAAUCGCUAAAGACGGCUCUCCGAAGGAUGGUUUCGCUCGGGGUAUGGAACUUCAUGGAAAAUGCACAAUAUUUGCGGAAGGUUGUCGCGGACAUCUUACAAAGCAAAUACUGAAGAGGUUUAAACUCAGUAGUCAUGCAAUGUCGUUUGGUAUUGGAUUAAAAGAACUAUGGCAACUGGAUCCAUCCAAGCACAGACCAGGUCACGUUGAGCACGCUUUAGGGUGGCCAUUGACAAUGGAUCAGUACGGUGGUUCCUUCAUGUAUCACAUGAUCGAUGAAGAAUUGCCGCUUGCGUCAGUUGGCUAUGUGGUGGCUCUUGAUUACAGAAAUACAUACAUUAAUCCUUAUAAGGAGUUCCAACGGUGGAAGACACAUCCGUCAAUCAGUAAGUAUCUAGAGGGAGGCAAACGAAUAGGUUAUGGCGCUCGUGCUCUAAACGAGGGAGGAUUCCAGUCGAUUCCAAAACUUGUUUUCCCUGGCGGUUGUCUUGUGGGGUGUACUGCUGGUCUUCUCAAUGUUGCGAAGCUGAAAGGAACUCACACAGCUAUGAAAAGCGGAAUGCUCGCUGCAGAUUCGAUCUAUCCUUUACUCAGUGAGGAAACCUCUUGUGCGUUUGCCCUGUUAUUUUCAACUCAUUCAUUUCAUCCUCAUUUCUACGUUGUUUUAGGUAUCACUCCUGCUUCCUACCAGAAGGCAUUUGAAAGCAGUGGUAUUUAUAAGGAGCUUAAAACAACUCGCAAUGUUCGUCCUUCUUUCAAUACUUUUCUUGGUUGGUUUGGUGGUUUGACGUAUAGUGGAUUGUUCUACGUAAUCGGACGCGGUGUAGAGCCAUGGACGCUUCAUCACGGAAAGGAAGAUAACAAAAAACUGAAGAAGAAAGAAGAUUGCAAACCAAUCGAAUAUCCAAAGCCGGACAACAAGAUAUCUUUCGAUUUAUUAACAUCCGUUGCGCUUACCGGUACUAAUCAUGAGGAGAAUCAACCAGCUCAUCUUACUCUCCUAAAUGACGAUGUUCCCGUGAACGUUAACCUUAAUGAAUAUGAUGGACCAGAACAACGGUUCUGCCCUGCUGGUGUGUACGAAUACGUUCAAAGAGAAGACAACCCAUCAAAAAUGCGACUACAAAUCAAUGCGCAAAACUGCAUUCAUUGCAAGACGUGCGAUAUCAAAGAUCCUACUCAGAAUAUAAAUUGGGUGACUCCUGAAGGAGGGGAAGGACCAAAGUAUUCUGGUAUGUGA